AUGAGUGUACCACAGGCCGAAUUCGACGCCUCCGUCAUGCGCACCAAAUAUGUGGCUACCAUUCAAGCCAACUUCCCUGGCAAGUUCAAUGGCUCGCCAUCAAGCAAUGCGGCGGCGUUCACCAAGGCCUUCAGCGACCAAAUGGCGACGGGAUUCAAGACCCUGCGAGCCAUGCUCGAUCCACACGGACCAGACUGUGGUUACACAAAGCUAAACGUCCCUGCCAAGCCGAUUCCUACCGACGGCAAAGUCGUGUGGCAGAACCCAGACACUGGCGAAGGCUUUGUCCCAUCGCACACGGGACCGUGCGAGAUCUGGCUCGACAACACCCGCGUCUUUCAAAACGAAAACUGUGCCGCCAACUUUCCCGAGAAGCCUGCCGCCCAAUUGCCCGUCGACUUUUCGUCGUGCAUCGGGUCGUGCACGAUUCGCUUCUACUGGCUCGCCCUGCACGAAGACCUGUGGCAAGUUUACAAAAACUGCGCCCCCCUUGUUGGCCUUGCUGCUUCGCCCACCGUCGUGCCGUCCAAGCCGACGCCGCCCACCCCAACUAUGUCGCUCCCUCCUUUUGACGACCUCGAUUGUGACCCAUAA